UCAGCUCUUUAAUUUUAAAGAUCUUCAAGUUUUAAAGAUGUUUACUCAUAAUUUGUAAUACUUUUGUGAGAUCAAAGUAAACAUGGCUAUUAAUACACCUCCGAAUAUAACUGCAAGAGUAUUUUAUGGAUUACGUUCGGAUAUACAGUACAAUGCUCACUAUUUGUCCGAAUCAGAAGUUUUGUAUCCGGCUGGUGGUGUGAUUGUGAUCCACAAUCAUCUUCAGAAGAAACAGAAGUUCAUAAGACUCCAGGAUAAACAUAAGCCAAUCAAGUCGAUAGUUUUAGCUCCAAAUAGGCGUUGGCUGGCACUGAACGAGAUCGCCGAAGAGGGCCAAAAGCCAAUCAUAACAAUAUAUGACCUCACUACAUACAAACGUCGUAAGAUUCUAACUGUGCCUUUCGAAAACUCUACCGCGCGGGAGUUCGCCUGCGUCCAGUUUUCCUUCGACUCGAAAUACCUGGUGGCGAUCACGGGCGAACCUGACUGGUGGUUGUAUUAUUACAACUGGGACAAAGGCAAAGUGGAGAGUCAUGCCAAAGCACAAAACCCUAGCGGACAAGGAACGGUUGAGUGUGUACAAUGUAACCCUUCUGAUGCAACUCUGGUGGUCAUAACUGGCCCAUACACGUUCCGUAUUAUGAAUGUAUCAGAAACUGUCUGGCGGCAGUGGGGAUGGUGCAAAGCUGAGAAUAUCAACAUAACGACAAGUAUGUGGCUAACACCAGACCGCAUCUUGUUCGGGACAGAUAACGGACUCAUAAUGCUCGUGGAAAAUGGAGAGUUGAGGCACAACUGUGUCUUCAGGGCUGCUGAAGUUGUCGAAAUGUCGCUGAAAAAGGUCGAUGUUGAGGCAGAUGAAGGUGAUAAGGCGAGUGUAUCAAGUGCAAAACAGGAAGCCUCCUCUGAACAUGUGUCCACUCAAAACUAUCCUGUUACAUGUUUCGUUAAUUUUUCUAAAGGGUUUGCCUACGCCUGCGGCGAGGGCUACGUGCACAUGUUCGAAAAGGAAACGCCGCAUCACUGGAGGAAAAGGAACCUCUUUCGUAUUUCUAAAAACUCUUACAAGCAUACCCGAGAAUAUCCAACAUGGUCUCCGCUUGAUGCUAUCCAGCAUAUAGCAAUAGAUCCCAACCAGGAGACAUUGUUAAUCACUACAUUGAGGGUACAGUUAUACACCGUGAAAUUAUUUGGACAACACAUGUUGCAAAGUCCAGAAAUAGCUUUCACAGAGCUUGGCGCUGCCAUGCACUAUGGUCGUAUAAAUUCACUCUCACUUUGUGCAUGGAAACCAAUAUUUAUGACAGCUGGUGAGCAAGACAAGAGUUUAAGGAUAUGGAACUAUAUGACAGACGAUGUUGAACUGAUAAAAAUUUACCAAGAAGAAGUUUACUGUGUGUCACUGCAUCCUUCAGGUCUGUUCGCAAUAGUCGGAUUCUCCGAUAAGCUUCGUUUUAUGGUAGUACUGAUUGAUGAUUUUGAAGUGAUGCGGGAGUUUCCAAUCAGAAAUUGCAAGUGUGCCAAAUUCAGUACGAACGGGCACAUGUUCGCCGCUGUGAACGGCCAAGUUAUUCAAGUAUUUUCGUCGGUGUCCUUUCAGAAUGUGUUUAAUUUGAAAGGACACAACGGAAGGAUCACAUGCUUAGCAUGGUCGGCCCAGGAUCUAACUUUAGUUUCAUGUGGCACAGAAGGUGCAGUUUAUGAAUGGAACAUGUCAUCGGGACAACGGGUUGGAGAAGUCAUAUUAAAGACCAACCAAUUCAGUGGAUGUGCAAUUAAUGCAAAUGGCAAAACCACGUUUGGUGUAGGAAGUGAUGGUGAUAUCAAAGAAAUUGGCGCAAACACAAUACGCAGAAGUAUUAGUCUCAUAGGAACAUCACUCGAUACGAUAGUGUUAUCUCGCUCCGACUUAAUGCUAUUCAUAACUGGAGGAGAAGGAGGGGUAGUUGCUGUUCAACUACCACUUCUAGAUAAGGCGAUUUUCAACGAAUUUCAUAUGCAUAAUAAGAAAGUUACAGCCAUUGCUCUGUCCUACGAUGAUCAAACGCUAGUGUCUGUGGCAGAGGAUGCCUCUAUUUGUAUCUGGAGACUCACAAACGCUGAAGGCAGAGCUGUUGCUUUAGACAAAGAUUUUGCUUAUUCGAAGGAAAUACUUAUAAGCAAAAAGGAUUUACAAGAGAAGCUAAAUAAUAUAUACUUACUUAGUACUCGAAUGAGUGAGCUUGAAACUGAGCAUACAUAUCAACUGCGACAAGCGGAAGCGACACAGGCGGAGAAAUUAAAAGAAGUUCAUGAAGGUUACUGCGCUGCUAUUGAAGAGUUGAAAGAAAAGAAUGAGCAAAUGGAAAAUGAGCAUACGCACGAGAUUGGUAUGAUACAACAGGAUAUUGCCAAGCUUCGUUCGGGACAUGAAAGAACUUUACAAGCAUUAGAAGCUGAUUUCAACAUCAGACUAAUAAGUGAAUAUGAUAGAUAUCAGAAUCUGGAGGAUAAAACAGCAAGAAUGAGAAAAGAAUACGAACAGAGACUAGAAACUCUAGCUGAGAGCAAACGACUUGCACUACGAGAAUUAAAUGAUAUGUUUGAAAGGAAAUUAGAGGAAAAGGAUACGAUCUUAUUAGAGUUACAAGAACAAGCUGAUAUGGAAAAAAAAGAACACGAGACUAUAAAAUCGUCUAUUGAAGAGGAUGCUGAUCGAGAGAUUAUUGAAAUCAGAACGGCUUAUGAAGUCCAACUGAAGGAAGAAAAAGAUGCGAAUGUAAGAUUAAAGGGUGAAACUGGUUUGAUGAAAAAGAAGUUAAUAUCAGCACAGAAGGAUAUUGACGAGUUCAAACACCAAGUGGUGCAGCUUAAAGCCGAACACAAGCAAUUCCAGAAAGUUAUAUCAACCCUGGAAAGAGAUGUCACAGAUUUGAAAAAGGAAAUUUCUGAAAGAGAUGGAACUAUUCAAGAUAAGGAAAAACGGAUUUAUGAACUUAAACGCAAAAAACAGGAACUUGAAAAGUAUAAAUUUGUGUUAAAUUUCAAAAUAACAGAAUUGAAAAAUCAGAUUGAACCCAAGCAACGUAUAAUUCGCGAGCUUAAAGUUCAAAUUGAAGAUAUGGAAAACGAAGAGUUGAAAUUGCUAAACGUAAAACACGAUCUCGAGCUCAAAAUCUGUCAGUUGAAGGAAAAGUUUGCCUCGGCAAAAAAAGAUUUUGUGACUGAAGCGGGGCGAAACUUAACAAUGAAGAACACGUUGAAAAAGAUUAAGAUAGACCUGCACAAUAUGACAGCUAACUUCCAGGAUCCUAUGAAAUUGAAAUUAAAUGUUAAGGAAUUGUUCCACAAAUACGUUGAGGACAUCGACUUCGUUCGUAGCCGCAUAGCAGAAGAUGAAGCGAUCCGUGAGUUUAACAGACAAAGGGACCACCUGGAGAAGCAAGUGGCGUCUCUGAAAGCGCAGCUGUCAAAGUCACUGGACGGCUCGAAAAGCGACAUCGGAAAGAUUAUGGAUGAGAACUGCACCCUGUUGACUGAAAUCAACAGGUUGCGCACAGAGCUGAAGUCGACGCGCACGAGAUGUUUCCAGAUGGAGUCCAUCCUGGGUCUGUCGGCGCGCUAUAUCCCACCCGCCACCGCUCGAGCCAAACUCAAGCACGUAACCGAAGACCGGGAGAAACUCGACGAAAACUUCAAACAGAAGAUCAACAAGCAUGAAGAAAUAAUAGAGACCCUGAAAGAGGAAAAUGAACGAUUGUUGGGCAAAAUGAGGUGCUUGGACGAUGGCAACAAUGGAAGCGAGCCCGGCGAUCAAGGCGAUGUCUCACGUGUACAACUACCAAGUGAACCUUAGUAUUAGAGCUGUGUUUAAUUAUUAAAUUAAUUACAAAUAUAA